AUGGCAAUGUGCUUCUCAAGCACGCUGGGCGUCUUGCCGUCUCGCAAAGGUGUGCCAUUCGCUUUCGCCCCGGAAUUCCGGCCACUCCCUUCUUCCCGGUCGCCCCUCCGUUCACUCGCGAGAUCGACCGGGCCUUCUUUCGAUGUCGCCCGCCGCAGCGUCGCUGGCGUCGCCGGCGUGAACUCGCGAAACGCUGGCGCGCUUGGCGGUCCGAGCGCCUGCUCGCCUGCGCUGUCUCUCCCGGGCGUCACUCCCAGAAAUCCUUUGGGAUCUGUGGGAGACCGCGAACGGAGCGCCUCGGGCGGGUUCUCGCCCUCAAGAGGAGAGGCGAAGAUGCGGCCGUUCUCGACCUUUUCCCUCAAAAACCUCCUCCCGAAUCGCCUGAAGGCAGCCCCCACUCGCCCGUACACCGGACCGACGCAAAAAGUGGUCGUUCUCGGAACUGGAUGGGCCUCCGUGAAUUUCUUUCGACACCUGGAUCCUAACAUCUACGAUGUGACGGUGAUCUCUCCGCGGAACUACUUCACUUUCACGCCUCUUCUCCCCUCCGUCUGUGCCGGAACGCUCUCGCCGCUCUCCUGCAUCGAGCCGGUGCGUUCCUUGACGUACCGAAAGGGUCGGAAAGUUGCUGAUUUCUACGAGGCCCACUGCACCGAUGUCGACUUCAAAAACCGCAUUGUCGCCUGCGACAGCCGCCAGGGCGGCCAUUUCAAGUUGAAAUACGACUACCUGGUCAUCGCAGUUGGGUCGGAGACGAACACCUUCGGAAUCAAAGACGUUGCCGCAAACGCGUUCUUUCUGAAGGAAGUGGAGCAUGCGAUGGCGAUCAGGAAGAAAGUGAUGAACAACUUCGAGCUCGCAGCCCUGCCGCAAACGCCAGAGAAAGAACGCGACCGUCUCUUGCACUUUGUGAUUGUCGGCGGCGGCCCCACGGGAGUGGAAAGCGCUGCGGAGUUCGCCGACUUCAUCAAAGAGGACAUGAGCAAAUAUUUCCCCCAGCUGAUCCCUCAUGUGAGCAUCUCGUUGAUCGAGGGAGGCAGUCGUCUGCUGGGGACCUACCCUCCCGACAUUUCGGCGUUUGCGGAGAAAACGCUGCGAGACGAGCUUCACGUCAAGCUCUUGCUUCGAAGCACGGUCGUCGGCGUGGAUGCGAAUUCCGUGCGAUAUGUCUCCACCGAGGCCGGGGCCUCGAAAGAGCCUAAGGAGAUGCUUCACGGCUUCCUGCUGUGGGCGAGCGGCGUGGGCGAGGUGCCGCUGGUGAAGAAAAUCGUCGCGCAAAACUACCCGCAGACGGACGGCAAGUCUCGCCUCCGCGGCCUGCCCGUGGAUCCUCAGUUUCGCCUUUUGAAUCAACCGAAUGUGUACGCGCUAGGCGACUGCGCAGCGAUCGCGCCCCCGCGCUUGGCUGAUGCGGCGCAAGAGCUGUUCUCCAAGGCCGGGGCUGGCGAACCGACCCCGCAGUGGCUGCGCCACCAGAUCCCAGUCCUCAGUCAACAGUUCCCCCAGUUGAGUCCUCUCAAGUUCAACUUCGACAAACUCGAAUCCAAUGAGCGCCUCCCUGCAGACAGAUUCAAGUCGUUCCUCGCCGAGAUUGAUGCUGCGUACCGACCGCCUGCCCCGACAGCUCAGAAUGCCCGUCAAGAAGGCAUUUACCUCGCACAAGUCUUCAACCAGUUCCCGCACCCUGAAGAAAAGGCCAACGCGCCCGCUUUCCAGGAAACAUGGAGCGGCUCUCUCGCUUAUGUUGGGAGCGGUCAGGCGGUGGCGCAUUUGCCCUACUUCACAAUCAAGGGAGGUAGCCUCUCUCUUCCCUUCUGGAAGGCUGUAUAUACGCAGAUGCAAAUCACAUGGCGCAGUCGAACCAUUUGCCUCUUUGACUGGCUGAAGACCUUCUUUGCAGGACGAGAUGUUGGGCGGGAUCACGAAUAUUACAAUCACUGA